AGAACAGAAGAAGCACAGAACCACAUCACCCCAUCACCAUCCCUCUCUUUCGAUAGCUUCGUUGGAUACUACUACUACAAGUAGAAGCUAGCUAGAGUACACAAUGUUGAUUCAAGAGUCUGAUUGGGGCUCUAGCCUGCAUCUGGACAUUUCCAGGGGACCCCGUAAGGUGUUGGACUACCUGCAAGAAAUCGAUCGAGAUGAGACAUACCAUCUGGUUCAUUUGUACCGCAACUUUCCGUCGCCGUUGCGGGGUUUCACAUCGGACACACUCAUGCUGCAAGUCUUCGAGUCAGUAGCUGCCUUACCCAACGCGUCCAACCUGAAAAUCAGCUAUGCAUCUGCAACAUUUCCCAUUCAUCUUUUGAUGCAAGUCUUGGCAGGAACACCCAAUCAGGUGGAGACGUUGGAUCUACUGUCCGUCAAAUUCUCAUACAGGGAUGCUAUGGCAGUCACCAAGAUGAUGCAACAGCAGCAGCAGCAACAACAACAAGAUUCAUCAACAAUGAGCUCCUCAAAUAUUAAUCUGCUGUCACUCAAGACCAUCAGUUUGGAAAAUUGCAAGGCCGAAUCGACGACCGGCAUCAAAAAGAAAAAGGGAGAACCACUGGAUUUGUUUCUGGCAUCGCUGGCAUCCAUGAAAUCGCUGGAAUCCUUGAAACUUCACUUGAUUGAAAAGGAAUUCCUCCACAACGACCUUCCUCCCUUUCCGUGGCUCCAGAAAUUGCAUCUGGAACGUUUGCAUGUGUCGGAACCAUCCUUAAACCACAUAUUGAGGUGUUCACCACAGUUGGAGGAACUAUCCCUACAGUCUCUCGUGGACCCUCCUCAGAAUGCAGUCCUACUGUCCCUGGCGCGAGCACUUUCGUUUCCUACCGAAGAACACAACAACCACAAUAGCAGCUGCAGACUCCGAAUCCUCAAGCUACGGUUCAUCUUUCACAAUCUACAUCACCUCGAUGAACAGGCUCACAAUGCCUUUUGGGAAAUGCUGCAACACAACCACACCCUUCAAGAGAUUCAUUUGACCAUGAAUUGGCGGAUGGACCCCUACGACUCCAUCAUUGGCAUUCCCAUUGCCGCAGCACUGCGGCACCACACAUUGCAACGACUUUAUUUGCACACCCGCAUUGACGACAACCCACAAGCCAGAGAUAAUCUGAAAAAGAGUCUCAUUCUCAUGGCCCAUGCCUUGCGCGACAAUGAGACACUGCGGCAAUUUGAUUUUUGCUUGGCGGGGGGAUUGCGGGGAUACGAUCAAGAUCAAGUGUACAAUCUACUUCGGGGGCCCUUUCAAAACACAGACAUUUUGGAAGAACAGUACAGUCUGGAACGAUUGGGGUUGUGGUAUCGGGCCAUUGGGUAUUUGGAGCUGACGGACAAGAUGAACUUCUUUCUCAAGUUGAAUCAAGCGGGACGUGGUCGUUUGCUCUUGGGGAAUCCAACUCGACGAGAUUGGGUGGAUGCGGUGGUUGCCAAUCACAGUGAUGUCAGUGUCGUGUUCUUUCUCUUGUCGCACAAUCCGCUAUUGAGCGAGACCAUGCUGUUGGGUCUGUGAUCAAGACGAUCUACGGCAGUGGAAUGAUUCGAUUCGAUUCAAUCGAAUCAUCAAUCGAAUCGAUUGAAUAGAGUACGAAGAGGAUGAUGCGAUUCGAUUCGAUUCCUAUUAUUGUUGUACUUGAACUUGUUGAAUCCAACAAGGGCAACCAUAGUUAGUUGACUGGCCUAGUAGGGUACCUACCGAUGGCUAGAGUUGUCCAGCUUAUGCUUUUAGAUGAAUGCAUGUUAUGAUGGAAAGCUACAAACAGGAAGUCACGGUACCGCCCAACCGCAGCUGUUUCGGACCUGACUUUCUAGCUGAGGAAUCUCGAUUGGACGGAGGUAGACUAGGUGUAUCAAUGAAACCGCUCUUCCCUCGUGCAGGACGAUGCUAAUUACAAAGUCCCCGGAGGGAUUAAGUUCUAUUCACAACCUGCGUCCCGCAACGAGAGAGCCAAUUCACACGCUGUACGCUGUAGCUGCAUGCUACAUGCACAGAGCUGGUUCCGUUUUUAGAUGGGAAGGCAUGUCGAAGCAAUCUGCGCCAGCCGCUGUCGUGGAACCAUCCGAGAUGCAAUCGUCAUCAUUCCUGGUUGCUGAAUGAUGAAUCGAAUCGAAUCGACGAAGCCACAACUACUAGCUAGCUUGAUAUUUUGUGAUCGCUGCUGAAAGUCGCACAGACCGACAGCUGCCACCCUCGAGCAGACGAGCAGACAGCUGAUUGUGCGGAGUAAACGGUACUCUAGUACCGAUUUGUCCCUCCUGUACCAAAACGAAAGAGGACCGUAAGUAAAAUUUAAUGCAAGCCAGACACAUCUUGAUGUAUCAUAGGAAGGGCCAAGCCGCUCUGCACUCUGCACAGCUGGAUCUGUUGAAAUCCAAAUAAAUAAUGAUGUUUGAGGUUUGAUUGAGUAUGAGUACCGUACCGGUAGCUGUGCCGUACAGUUUUACGGGUAUCGGUACGGAGAACCAGGUGCUGGAACGGUGCUCAGCGCAUGGCGCAUGAGCUGGCGCAUGUUCCAAUGUCAAAAAGGGAAUAGACCCCAUUAGACUCUAAUUCCGAAAUGCACAUCAUUCUUGAAGACGUGGCCGACGUGAUCAAAAGCUGAGAAAUAGCUUAUAUAUAUUAG